AUGAUGACAAAUAAAACGAAUGAAGAUUGUGAGCUUCUUCAUGACCUUGAUCUAAAUGAAGAUGAUUUAAGCAAUGAAGCCAAACGUCUGUUUUCUUUUCAUAAGGAAAUUAUCGAAAGUCUUAAUUAUUGUGGUCGUUGUAUCCUUACCAAUAAUCUGCUUUCAGUUGAAGGAAAACAUAUUAUCUGUUCAAAGCUGAUUCGCAGUCACAAUAAUGUCACAAAUAUUCUUAAUUAUUUAGCUACAAAACCAUUACAAACAAAAGAAAAAAUCAGCGAUGUUCCAAUGAUUGUUAUUUGUGGUUUACCUCGUACUGGUACAACAUUAUUACACAAUCUAAUGGCUUGUGAUCCAUCAUGUUGA